CCAGGCACCCAGCCAGCCAGCGGCAGGAUCGCCCGACGACUGCUCCGGGACCUUUGGGCCAAUUACUCCAAGGUCCUGAGACCGGUGUCAGACACAGACCAGGUCCUCAACGUGACCCUGCAGGUCACCCUCUUCCAGAUCAUCGACGUGGAUGAAAGAAACCAGGAGCUAACCACCUACCUGUGGACCAGACAGGUAUGGAGAGAUGCCUUCUGCCGUUGGAACAAGGAGGACUACGGUGGCCUGGACAACAUACGUGUGCCCAGCAGUUAUCUGUGGAGACCAGAUAUAGUCCUCUACAACAGCGCUGACCGGUUCACCAGCCCGGCAGACACGAACGCGGUGGUCCGAUACGACGGCCUGGUGACCUGGGACUCGCCGGCCAUCGCCCGCACCUCCUGCCAACUGGACGUCACCUCCUUCCCGCUGGACGCACAGCGCUGCCCGCUGACCUUCGGCUCGUGGACGUAUGGCGGGCGGCAGCUGGACCUGUGGCCGGCGGGGGCCACGGGGCUGCUUUCGGAUUUCGUGGGCCACGUCGAGUGGGAGGUGCUGGACCUGCCGGCUGGCCGGCGGCUCACUCAAUACGGCUGCUGCUCGGAGCCGUACACCGACCUCACCUUCGUGCUGGUGCUUCGCCGCCGGCCCGCCUUCUACCUGCACAACCUGCUGCUACCCUGCGUCCUCCUCUCCGCCCUCACCCCCCUCGCCUUUCAGCUGCCUGCAGCCUCCGGAGAGAAGGUCUCGCUGGGCGUCUCCCUGCUCCUUGCCCUGACUGUCUUCCAGUUGAUGGUAGCCGAGAUUACACCCCCAGCCGAGAACCCACCGCUCCUUGGAAAGUACUACAUUGCCACGAUGACCAUGAUGACUACCUCCACUGCGUUGACGGUGCUGAUCAUGAACAUACAGUACUGUGGUGCUGAGGCAAAGCCAGUUCCCCGCUGGGCCAAGGUGCUUAUCCUGGGACACAUGGCCCGCUUCCUUUCCGUCUAUGAGCUGGGUGAGCGGUGUGGACGGGACGCAGAGUCCGGAACCCAGGGGAGCCUGGCCGCUGGUGGACAUCGACUGCUGGGAGAAGUGGAGGAGCCGAGCCUCAGCGAGGGGCAAGAGGAGGAAGAGGAGGAACCUGAGGGAGUGGUCAGCCCCACCCACUCUCUUCUCGCUGCGAAUGGGGAGGAGGGUCAGUGGAGGUUUGGUGCUGGAGGCUGCCCCCACCACUGGCGGCAGCUGGUCAGGGACGUGGAGGUCAUCGCCAGUCGUGUCCGCCGGCGGAGGAAAACGCAGCGGCUGCUGGCCGAGUGGAGGAGGGCCAGCAGAGUGAUCGACCGUCUCUUCACCUGGAUCUUCGUUCUGAUGCUCACCAUGAUGAGUGUUGUCAUCACCGCCCAGGCGCUGUAG